GGUGCCGACCAGAGAGGAGAUACAGACAAGGGAGGAGGAGGAGGAAGAGCAGCGUGACGCAGAGGGGGGGGUCGAGCGCCGUGUGGAACAUCUUCUAUGGGGAGCAGUCCCGCACUUAUCUGGAGCUAACAUGACCGAUCGGCACAAAUCUUCCUAAAGAAGUCGGUAAUGACCCACUUUCCACGUUUAGCCACUUUUUUUUAGACCUAGUGGGAAGGUGUCCAACUUGACAGUAGAUUCUGACAUUGUGGUGCUGAAAGGACAGCGACCGGCUGUGCCAAAGGGGAGCUGACCGGUGCUGAAGGCAUAAAAACAUACACUUUGUUCAAGACAAGAGAAGACAUCACGAAAUAACACCUUUUUUUUAUUUUUAUUUUUUUAUUUAUUUAUUUUAUCUCUUUAACUCUCCACAGUUGCUAAGUAGAAAACACUGCUUCGGGAAUGUUCCCUUUAACUCCACCACUGUUUGCCGGGAGCUAAAACUUCAAUUCACUUUUCAUAACGCCUAACUUGUCAGAGCGAGUGGGAGACCCUGUGUGUGCGUGUGUGUGCGUUUGUGUGUGUGUGUGUGUGUGUGCCAUCAUGCCUCGCUCUUUCUUGGUGAAGAAAGUCAAGCUGGAUGACAUUUCGGCUGCUGAGCUGGAGAGCUCGUAUUGUCACGGCCGAAGAGGAGAACUGAGCCUACGAUUCCAUCAUCGUGAUAAAGGUUACGUGCGGAAUUAUCUGACCCCCUCUCACUAUGACGACGUGGUGGGCAGCGACUCGUCGGCCAUCUCUAAAGCGCCCUCCUCCCCGAGCCACUCGUCCAUCAUCUACAGCCGCAUCGACGACACCUUCGGCGGCAUCCAUGGCGACAUCCACGGUGAUUCCGACCAGCCGGACAGCCCCAGGUCAGAGGUGUCCUCGUCGGCCAGCGGUUACAUCAACGGGGACGCCGCCGUCAGCGAGGGCUACACGGUGGACGCCUUCUUCAUCAUGGACGGGCGCUCGAGGCGGAAGGGCGCCGCCACCCCCAGGGGGGCCCCGCAGAGGCACUCGUGCGGCGAAUGCGGCAAGACCUACGCCACUUCUUCCAACCUGAGCCGGCACAAGCAGACGCACCGCAGCAUGGACAGCAAGAUGGCCAAGAAGUGUCCCACGUGCGGCAAGGUCUACGUCUCCAUGCCGGCCAUGGCCAUGCACCUGCUCACGCACGACCUCAAGCACAAGUGCGACGUCUGCGGCAAGGCCUUCAGCCGCCCGUGGCUGCUGCAGGGCCACAUGCGCUCGCACACCGGCGAGAAGCCCUUUGGGUGCUCGCACUGCGGCAAGGCCUUCGCCGACCGCUCGAACCUCCGCGCUCACAUGCAGACGCACUCGGCGUUCAAGCACUACAAAUGCAAGCGCUGCGACAAGACGUUCGCUCUCAAGAGCUACCUGAACAAGCACUACGAGUCGGCGUGCUUCAAGGGGGCCUUCUCCCCACUCAGCUCAGUGGGGGAGUGACUUAUAUCCUUCCAAAUGCUCCCAAAUCCAUCUCCUCGCCUCAAUCGGGGCCGAGGACCUGGCAGCGUGAAAACCGGAACACGGCUUCCAAACGUGGACUCACUCACAAAAGAUAAAUCAAGCACAGAACAUCUAGCUCAUCACUUCCAAGACACCUCCAUCUAUUUAUGGCCACGAUCCUCCUCACAGGGGACACAAGCAAGCACAAAUCCUCUCCUCGUCUUCAGUCGCCAUCCUGCAAAAAGAGAUUAAAUCAACGUCCAGACGUUGUCCGUAAUUUAGGGGGGAGAUUUUUCCUACCCGGGACUUGAACUUGUGUUGUGUAACCGCGCUGAAGUGAAGAACAAAUUUGUACAAUUUGACAGGCAACAGAGUUUCCAAGUUAUCUGGGUGCUGCUGCUUCUUGGGUGAAGGAGUCAAACAAAAACACACCAGGGUAUUUUUCCUUCCUACGAACAACCUACACAAAAUGUCUUUGCUGCCAGUGUUAGGCCAUGUCCACAUAAACAAGAAUGUUUUCAAAAUCGCACAUUUCUCCCCCCAAAAAUAUCUGUAAAUAUCCCAUUUGACCGUCUUUCAGGCCAGUGAGAAGCCUAAAGAAGCAACCACAGCUGAUUUUUUUUUUGCACAUUAUAAUGCUUUUAAGAGCAUAUGAAGUGUUUAUAAGUGUGAGAGGUGGGCUUAUGAAGACUUUAAUUGCAUAUAAUAUUCAUAAAAAUCAUAAAAAUAAACAAACAGCAUCAGUACUUUGCUGAAUUUUCACCUACCUUGCAAUAAACGAUGCAUGUACAGUGGGGCAAACAAGCAUUUAGUCAGCCACCAAUUGUGCAAGUUCUCCCACUUAAAAUGAUGACAGAGGUCUGUAAUUUUCACCAUAGGUACACUUUAACUGUGAGAGACAGAAUUAAAAAAAAAAUCCAGGAAUUCACAUUGUAGGAAUUUCAAAGAAUUUAUUUGUAAAUUAUGGUGGAAAAUAAGUAUUUGGUCAACCAUUCAAAGCUCUCACUGAUGGAAGGAGGUUUUGGCUCAAAAUCUCACGAUACAUGGCCCCAUUCAUUCUUUCCUUAAAAUGGAUCAAUCGUCCUGUUCCCAUAGCAGAAAAACAGCCCCAAAGCAUGAUGUUUCUGCAGGAUGAGGUCGCAUAUUCCACUCAAGUCUCCGGUAAGAGCCGACUUAAUAUCACAAUUUUCCCACCCAAAAACUUGCUGGUUGACGUAGAGAAACAUGUUCGCUUGACCGCUCUGUGUUAAAGCUUCACAACAAGCGAAGAAACACCGGCUCUGUUUCGGUUGCUAAAGGCAGCUGCAAUCCAUCAACAUUAUUCUUAUCUGACGUCUCCAUUAUUAAUUGAACAAAUUGCAAAAGAUUCAGCAACACAGAUGUCCAAAAUACUGUGUAAUUAUGCGAUGAAAUGAGACGACUUUUAGCCGUGUGUGGUGCUGGGAGAACAUGUCUGCUCCAACCAAUAACGUCACAAGCACGCGUCAACAUAAGCGUCAUCAUUCUGCGCCGUUUUCAACAGGAUACCUAGCAGGAAAUUUAAAAUUGCAAUUUAGUAAACUAAACCGGCCGUAUUGGUAUGUCUUGCAAUGUCAAUAUUUCAUCAUUGAUAUAUAAACUAUCAGACUGCAUGGUCGGUAGUAGUGGGUUUCAGUACGCCUUUAAAAAACUACCCUAAGUACGAUGUAAUCAAAACCCUACUACGGUAAAUGUAGUACGUUUCUACCCACCUCCGAAAACAUGCAUACACAGAGCCUAAAAAUUACACCUUUUAAUCGAUUGUGCAUGUUACAAAGCGCACGCACACCUGCACACAAACACCUGUAAGUCAAUCCAAAAAAAAGGUUUAAAAGCACAAAAUAAUGUCGCGCAUAUCUUAUGUAGUUUUCAGUUUUACCCAGCCACACACAAACAAAAAGGUUUUGGAAAGUCUCCAUUCUGGACAGAGUUUUCCAAAAACCCAGUUUUAAUGACAAAAAUUCUACAUUUGUGUGUGAACGACAACCCAUGAAAACGUUUAAAUAUCCAUAUAUUUGUGUGGACAUGGCCUCAGUGGAGGUGUUAAAAACCUCCCUUUGAAAGGGAUUGUUGUAAAAUAGCAUCAACAUACAGCAGCCAGUAUUAUGUCUAUUUAUUACUAUUUAUUCUAAUUAUUUGCACAUUAUUUAUUUUUGUCUUUCGUUAUAAAUAUGCCAAAGCAUUUGACACUUUUGAGUUUUGCUUCAUUUUAAACACAACUGCAUGCAUGCAAAAAAAAAAAAAAGAAGUCACAGCCCAGCAAAGGAAGACUAUGCCAAUGUUAUGAAUAUUUUGCAAAGUAGUCGCAAAAACUGCAACAUUGUCUUUUUCUCCAUUUACAAACCGGAAAGGGGUGUCUAAAGUGCGGCCGGGGGGCCAUUUUCGCCUUAUUUUUAUUGGCGUAUUGUGAAACUAAAAUGAAUUGUUAAUGAGAUACAGCCUCCUGAGAACCAGCAUUCUCUGCAGCAGACGUUUCAGUUUAACAUAACAGGGCUCUUUUUCCCCCCCCCCCAAAAUGAAAACAAAAGUCCACUGCAGUGGACAGUGGUUCUGAAGAUGAUAUCAUUAGAUAUUACAAUAAUUAACUGUGUUAUUAUUGACCUGCAAUGGAUAGCUCUUAGCAUAUUUAUUGCACAAAAUGUGGUAAUAAUUCUGUACGGGCCCUCAGAUGAGACCUUUUGGACACCCCUGCAAUAGAGCAAUAAUGACACUCAUAUCUGCAUCAGUUUUUUCUUCCAAGCGCCACUAUUGUGUGUAUGUGGUGAAGAGAUAUGACAUAUCAGGGAGUAAGCAAAUUUAUAUUUGCUGUGAUUCUUUGAGGCCUUCUCCUCUUAGGUGAAGUUACAAUUUGGGGGAUUCGGUCAAAGCUUGUCCGUAGGUAUGCAUGAGAAAUUUAGGCAUAAAAGCUUCAGACGGAGGACUGCAGGUGUUAUUUAUUUUUUAUUUUUUUUGUACAUGUUGCACUGCCUGCCUUGUAUUAUUGUAAAAUUAUUGUAGAAAGUAGAAGGUACUACUAUUGUAGGCCUCUGGUGCUGUAAUAUUGACACUGACAAUGUUUUGCUUGUAGCCAACAGCUACUUGAUGCAGGAUUUAAGAAAUGUUGCUGAAGGGCUCUGUAAAAGGAGUCAAAGGAGGUCAAACAUAGCGUGUCAGAUCGCAACAAAAGCCAACUGUAAAGCCUUAAGAAGAUGCGUGUCCAAUCUUUCAGCAUCAGAGAGCACCGACAAACACGUUAGAUGACACUACGAUUUACUGUAGCCAACUAUAGCCACAAGUUAGUUUAUCUAUUCUUAUAUAAAAAGCACUUCCUCUUGACAAUUGUAACUUUUGGUUCGUUUUUUUCCUCUCCGAGUGAGUAAGUAGCACAAUUAAGGAAGAGUUUAGAUUCAGGUAGACGAUGCCUUUAUUUGUAGAAAUAACUUGCUUUUUUUUUCUACUGCAACGCAUCAAGACGUGUGGAAUAAAAACAAUGAAGAUGUUGAAGAAGACGCUCUAAGUGACAUUUUAUAAUGCGAGCAAACUCAGUCACACCUUUUUCUUUCUUCCCUAGAGCACAUGAUAUUUUGCGGCGAGAGGCCUUGUAAAUAAGCACUGAAUGGAUUAUUUCUACAGGUCUAUACAGAGCGACGGGGGACGAUGAUGAUUUUCAGGAGCUUCCCACUUUGUUGUUCUUCCUCUGAGGACGUUUUUGGGGGCCUCCAAUUGUAAAGCACAAAAGCAACACUGGGCAUUUUGUUUAAUUUCCUUAAUAAUAAAAGAUAGUUUG